AUUUAAUUAUCCCGGGGCCUUGAGGUCAUUUUUGAAUUUGCCGCCAUGCCCGCGCUCGACGAGAACUCUCGGACGAUAACAAGUUGGAGGUCAUCCAUAACCUCCAAUGCCUCCUGACCUUUGGCAAGUUGCCACGUGGCUCCAUCCAAGCCACUGCGACCCGGCUUGGAAUCAACCGCAAGACAGUUUCGUCCAUCUGGAAUGGGUUCAUCACUCAGGGCUCCUCGCCAUAAAAAAAGGCGGGCCGAGUCGGGCGCAAGUUGCACUAUACGCCGGACCACGUCACUCAACUCGUUCAAGCCGUACCGCAAGAGCAGCGCACAACGAUGCGAGACAUCUCCGUCGCCACGGGACUCUCGUUCGGAACAAUCUGCUGCAACCUCAAGGCCGGGACGCUGCAACGUCGCUCUUCACGAUUGAAACCAAUGUUGACCGAUGCCAACACAGCCGAACGCGUUGGAAUUUGUCGCUCGCAUGUCCGCUGGAUCGCGGCUACCUCGCUCGCGUGGCUAUGGCAGCACCCUCGUGGAAUUGCCAUUUUCGGACAUAAUCGACAUCGUACAUCUUGACGAGAAGUGGUUCAAUGCGGACAAGGAUCGCCGAAAGGUUUACCUCACGAAAGGCGAAACUCCAAAAGGCCGCGCCUGCAAGAGCAAGAGGUUUAUUCCGAAGUUCAUGUUCCUUGCAGCCGUGGCGCGCCCUCAGUUCGAUGCGGAUGGAAAUCUUGACUUCGAGGGCAAGAUUGGGAUGUGGCAGUUCAUCACGAUGAUGCCCGCGGCGCGUUCAUCCCGCAAUCGUUCAGGCGGAACGUUGGUGGCUACGCUGGUUAAUGUCGAUCCUGCAGUGUACCAGGACUUUGUGCUCAAUCUCGUCUUACCUGCCAUCAAGGCCAAAAUGCCCAGUGUCUCCAAGCGCGUGAUGUUGCAGCAGGACAACGCGACGCCACACAUGUCCAUCUGCGACGCUGUUCUGCAGGCCGUGACGCAUGACGAGUGGAUAUUUACUGUUCGACGACAUCCGCCUUACAGCCCGGACUUGAACGUCCUAGAUCUUAGCUUCUUUGCCUCGAUUCAAGCGCUACAGUACAAGUCCGUGAGUCGCACGGUCGACGAUGGCAUUCGCGCAACUUUGGCUGCAUACGACGAGCUCAGUGUAGAGAAGCUUGAUAAUGUCUUUCUCACCUUCCAGGCGGUCAUGCGCCUUGUGCUAGAGCACAACGGGGACAAUCAGUUUCGCUUGCCGCACAUGAACAAGGCUGCCAUGAGACGUACCGGUACGCUCAUGGCCAAUGUGAUAUGCCCUGUGUCGCUUCUGCAAUGA